AUGGACGAAGAUGCUAACGAAGAACAUCACGAUAUAGAAAAUGUUGAUUAUGAGACUAGUAAUCAAUAUGACAGCGACAAUGAGGGGAAUCGUAGAGCAUUUCCUCAAUCUUCUUUCGUUUCUCAACAGUGGCCUCAAACUUACAGAGAUGCCAUUGAUUCUUACACAAUUUCUGCUGCUCCAAAUCUUGAAUCAAUUAUACGAGCACCAAGUGUUCUUUAUUCAAGCUUUAUCGGUGGUCCUUCAAAGAGUAUCUUAGAAAGUGAUGAAAAGACAUCUUUUCUAUCUGCUGAGGAACUCGCUCAUGCAGGGAUCAUUAGAAGACAAUCAACAUGGUGGGAGAAAGCUUCAGUUCAGAUGCAAAUUCCUGAAGAAUUACCUGUUGGUUAUGGAUGUACCCUCAGUCAAACAAUAUUUAAUGGGAUUAAUGUGAUGGCUGGAGUUGGCCUUCUUUCAACACCGUACACAGUGAAACAAGCUGGGUGGGCAAGUAUGAUUGUGAUGCUUUUCUUUGCAAUUGUUUGUUGUUAUACAGCAGACCUUAUGAAACACUGUUUUGAAAGCAAAGAAGGAAUCAUUAGCUACCCUGAUAUAGGAGAAGCUGCAUUUGGAAGAUAUGGUCGACUUAUUAUAUCAUCAUAUUGUGUGGAGUUUAUCAUCUUGGAAGGAGAUAACCUCACUGGAUUGUUUCCGGGAACAACCUUACACUUAGGGAGUCUUCAGUUGGACUCCAAACACUUGUUUGCAAUUUUAACUGCACUUAUUAUUCUCCCUACUGUUUGGUUAAAGGAUCUUCGCAUAAUCUCUUAUCUCUCAGCUGGAGGGGUUUUAUCUACUACUCUGAUUAUUCUGUGUAUGUUUCUUGUCGGGGCAACAACAGAUGAUGUUGGAUUCCACCACAAUGGUCCAUUAAUGAAGUGGAGUGGCCUUCCUUUUGCUUUUGGUGUUUAUGGGUUUUGCUUUGCAGGACAUUCAGUUUUUCCAAACCUUUAUCAGUCCAUGGCUAACAAAAAAGAAUUUACCAGGGCAGUGAUUUCAAGUUUUAUUCUAUGUGUAUUUGUAUAUGGUAGCUCAGCAAUCAUGGGAUUCCUCAUGUUUGGUGAAGGGACUUUGUCUCAAAUAACAUUGAAUUUACCACGAGAUGCAUUAGCUUCCAGAGUUGCAUUGUGGACAAUAGUAAGAUGCUAA